GCUCGCGCGCGUGAUGCACAAGCUUCCAGUAAUGCAAAUGGCGGAGGCGAGGGCACAAGUGCUGUUGUGCGGUGUUGAGCCUGAGUUCCCCUUUUUCAUUCAAGAUACCCAAUGAGAUGCAAUACUUGCUGAAAAGUCUUUCUAUCCAUCCAACACCUCAACCCAGCUCAACACAGCACCGUGCAAACUAAGAUCUUGAAGUCAAGUCAACUAAUGUUAUACUUGAACUUUAGAAAACAGCACUUUGCCAACUGAAGACCUGUUGAAAUAGCAACUUGAAUUAUCAUUAAAGAGACUUAAGCACUCCAAAGUUAUUCUUCAACGUUUCUAUCGUCGGGAGACCAAAACCACAGUUGUAAAACAUGGCGAGUCCACAGCAGUGGAAAAUGCAUCGUUGUAACUCCCAAGACCAGUCAAACAAUUCCAACUAUAACAAGCCAAGCUUUUCACCUAAUGGUGGCAACCUAACCUUUCACCGAUCCACAAGUUACCCAGGCCCUCAAAUCAACAAUGGCAUUGCACCUGUGCCGGUCAGAGAAACUGGAAUCAUUGAGAAAAUGCUUUCUUCAUAUGGUUUUCUCCAGUGUUGUGACCGAGACGGAAGGCUAUUCUUCCAUUACAGCCAUUAUGAAGGGCCAAUUGAUACCCUACAUAUUGGAGACCCUGUAGAAUUUGAGAUGAUCAAUGAUCGACGUACAGGCAAACACAUUGCAAGCAGGAUCAUGAGGUUACCUCCAGGCAUGGUCAGUACAGAGAUCCUAGCUCCAGAACAGCUACAGGGAGUGAUCGUCACUGAGGCUAAACCACCAAGGACCAAAGGACAUGCUGGACCUGGUGAGUUUGGACAAGUUGCUUAUGAAAUAAGUGGGGAGAGUUUCUUCUUGAUGUAUAGCUAUGAGGAUGUACCUGAGAUAACUGGCAUUAAAAAGGGUGACAAAGUUGCCUUCCAAGUUGCAACUGACAAGAGGAAUGGUAACAUGCAAGCCAGGAAUAUAAGGCUUCUUGAGCCAGCUCAGGUACCCCGCUAUCAAGGUGUUGUCUGCUCCAUGAAGGAAACUUUCGGCUUCAUUGAGCGGGCAGAUGCAGUCAAAGAGAUCUUCUUCCACUAUAGUGAGUUUACUGGUGACAUCAGUGAUCUUAUUCUUGGUGAUGAUGUGGAGUUUGAGAUUGGAAAUCGCAAUGAGAAAGAAGUGGCCACUCAGAUCAAGAAGCUGCCAUCGGGAACUGUAGUCUUUGAAGAUAUCAGCCAGGAGGUCUAUAAAGGAGUGAUCAACAAGGUCAUUCCACGUUUCACCAACAAGAAGACUGCUACACCAUUUCCAGGCAGUCUGAUCUACAACACAAAGGAUGGAGGAAAACGUGAGCUUUCGUUUGGGGAAAAAGACACUCUGCGUUCAUACACGUUAGUAGUAGCCGACAUUGUACAUUUCUACAUUGCAACAGACAGGAGAGAUCACCUAGCGAGGGCCACUAACAUCAGUUUGGCUACUGCAGAAACUUUCACCUGUGGAAAAGAAAAUCGAGAAACAGGCACUGUAGCUGCUGUCAAGGAUGGGUUUGGAUUUAUCAAGUGUGCUUGCAGGGAGGCUAGAAUGUUCUUUCAUUUCAGUGAGAUGCUGCAAGCUGGUGAUAUAUGUGUGUCUGAUGAAGUGGAGUUCUCUGUAAUCCCUGAUCCAACCUCACCUCAGCGUCAGAUAGCUAUCCGUAUCAAACGAUUGCCCAAGGGUAGUGUUUCCUUUGAGACUGUACUUCCUAAUCGUGUCCAAGGUCUGGUUGAUAAAGUGCCUGCUAACUCGUGGGGUCGUAGCCCUGGUAAGAACCGAGACAAGGAGCUUGAUGUAGGUUUCAUCACCUAUGGUCAAAAUGGAAGUCGUGUUAAUAUUGCAUUCCAUGCCAAGGAUACUGAUGUCAAAGUACCACCAGGGGUUGGUGAUCUGGUUGAAUUCAAUAUUGCUGAGAUCAAGAAAGAUGGUUCUCGCAUUGCAGUCAAUGUCACCGUCAUCACAAGAAACUCUGGCUCACGUAAGAUAGGAGUCAUUUCAGUCAUGAAGGAGAACUUUGGAUUCAUUGAAAGUGACAAGCGAGACAAAGAAAUCUUCUUCCAUUUUAGUGAAUUCCAUGGAGACCUUAAUGAAUUAGAUGUAGGUAAUGAGGUCUCAUACACCUCUGUGCGCAAAGGACCAAAAUUAAGUGCUGAAGAAGUCAAGAAACUACAAAAUGGAGUCAUCCCACCAAAGGAUGUGAAACCAGGUCAGUUUAAUGGAACCGUCAUCCGUCCACUGCGUAACGUAGACCCUAACCAAGAAGAAUACACAGGACUUGUAGCUGUAGCCAAUGACGAUGGAACUACUGGUGCCACCUACCCAUACUCAAUCACCAGCCUGUUGAAUAUGCAUGAGUUCCUUCAGAAGACUGAUAGUGUAUGCUUCCAGCUAUGUACCUGGAAAGAUUCAGACCAACUAUGGGCUUGUAAUGUUGCUGCUGUACGCAGUCUUCUUAGGACCAGGGUGGACUCCAUCAAAGGACCGUAUGGUUUCUUGGAUUAUGAUACCGGUGAUGGUAAGAAGCUCUUCUUUCACAUGAGUGAGGUAAUCAAUGGAGAUGUCCAUACUGGAGACCAAGUAGAGUUUGUUCUUAUCACCAAUCAGAAAACCAACCGCCAAAGUGCCGUUAAUGUUCGCAAAGUCACAAGCACUCCACGCCCUGAACGCCUUCGCCGCCUGCAGAGUCUACCCAAUGAUGAGAAGGGUCUUCGUCUGAUUGUCCUCCGCCAGCCAAUUGGACCCAAAAGUGCUGAACAUGGAUUCAAAAUUGAACGUUAGAUUGAAUGAUUUAGUUGGCCAUAUAUGUACCUUUGAAUUGAAACAUCUCACUUGAGUUGCAUUGCAUUUUAUUGAAUACUGUAUCCUCAUUUUCUUUUCUAUUUUUUGUUCUUUUACAUGAUUGAUGUUAACAGAGAUGAAAUUGAAUAUAAUUCAGAAUUUCCUUUUUUUUAGUGUUUUCUCACGUUUUUCAGACAAGGUUUGAGUUCUUUGCUCUUGAUAUAUGUUUAUGGUUGUGGUGUAUUACACAUACCUCAGUUGAAAUUUUGUGUUUGGCACCAAAUAAAUGGUUGCCUCUUUUAUUUUAUAUGUUUGAAUAUUUUUUGAAGAAACAAUGAAACAAGUAAGAAAGUAAGCGGAAUUAAGUUUUGCAUUCUAUGCACUAUUGGAGCUAUGGUAUUUGCUUCAAUAUAACAAUGAGUAAGUGUAGUGAAUGUUAACUCUAACAUGCAUUUCAAUGAUUUCCUAUGUUGCUGAAAUGAUUGUGUGUUUGUACUCAAUGUUGCUUUUCAGUCUGUAUGUAUGUAUACCCAAAUCAUACCAUUGAAAUGUGCAAGAGACUGAACAAAAGUAUAUUACCAGAAGGGUAUUUGGUUUUGAUUCACUUAGAUAUUCAUUUGGGUCAUGAUUGAAAUAUGACUGCUGUAGUCAUAAAAUGAAAUGAUAUAUUAUCUUUGCUUAUGUAAAUACCACAAUUACAUUAUUUGCAAUCAGUUUUAUUUAUUUUUGGUAUGAUUUGAUUCUUGAACAGCAGGUCCUAUUGGUUUGAUGUUGAAUGACAUCUUGAAAGAAAAACAAAUACAAAUUAAUUCAAGAUUUCAGUCGGUGAUAUAUUAGCUGCAGAUCAUUAGAAACAUGUAUUAAGUCUGUUCCUGUUUGAGAUAUAUUAAUGUGGUACUUUGAUUAACAGUGCUGCAUAUAUUUAUGGCCUUACACUGCUAUUAUGUUAGAAAAGGCAGUUUUUAUUUACAUGGAUAGAUUUGGAGACACACGCAAUAUUUUACAUUGUCAUGACAUCUGUCAAACUGUAAUAUUCAAUAACUUCUCCAAUACGCCCCAACAUGAUUGACUGCCAAUAGGAGUCAAUCUAAAUAUGAAGAUUGAUUAUUGUAAAUUUGUAAUGAGUCAAAUUGUAUAGAAAUUUUGAAUACCACAGUGAGUUAAUGUGGAUAGGAUUGACUACUACAAGGAGUCAUGGAUAAGUAUGUCGUAUCUCUUAAUAGUGAGGCUUGUAAUUUAAAUGAACAAAUUGGCAGACUCAUAUAAAUUGAAUAUUCAGACACAUUUCUAAAAUGAGUCAAAAUGAAGUGAUUAGGGGCACAAUAUGUUAGUCACAUUGACUUUUAAGGAUGAUACUAUUUUCUAGAGUCAAUAUGAAUGAAGAAAAUGACUAUUUCAUUGAAUUGAAAAUUAGAUGUAUAGAUGCUUAUUCAAAAGAAUUAAGCAUGUCUAUUUGAUUAGAAUAGGAAGCAUGACUGUAUCAGCAAGUUGACAAGCUGUUUGAAAUAUUGGCACACUAGAUGUACCAUGGCUGUUCUUUUAACAGAUGAUCAGAUUGUGUGUGUUUGCUAGAAAUGUAUUAUCAGACAUGAACCUCUUAGUUGGCUAAUGUCAGUUUGUAAAUAUUCAUAAAUAUGUUUUAAUUCCAGUGUGUCACUUAAUUUCACUCUCUCUCUCUCUCUCUCUCUCUCUCUUUAUCUUGAUCUUAUUUCCUUUAUCAACUUUCCAUUUUGAAAGUAUAAAGAAGAAUAAUUUACAUAAUAGACUUCAUCAAUAGUAUUCAGAUGUAAUGAAAAGCAAAUUAAUAUGUUUGGAAUGUUAUGAAUGUUUUGACUGACAAUCCAUGUAAUCAUAUGUAUUAUAUAUCUUUAUGUUGGUCUGAUAACACAAUCUGAGUUACCAUUUAUAAAAAAGAGUUAUCUGUUUAGUAAAUGCAUUUCAUGUCCAUUAUAUUCCAGAUUUAUGAAUAGACUUUCAUCUAAAUUGAAAAUGGAUUACAAUAACACAUUUCUUGUUAAUAUUAAUGAUGCUUGCAUAUCAAAUGUAUCAGUUUUGGUAACUUACUCCAUUUACAUUUCUCAAAUAAUAAAGUUAGAAUUGCAAUAAGUUAAAUUGUUAUGUGGAAGAAUGUAGUGAGGUAAAGAAUUCUGAUUAAAUUAUGGCCUGUUAUAAGUGAAAAAAAAAAUCAUUAUGGAUGUUUGUUAUUUCUUUUAAAGAAUAACUGAAAUAUCAUAGUGCACAACCUGAUUGGUACCCUAAUAUGAGAUUUGAUUGUUAUAUUUGUAUAGAAGUUUAAGAGCUAAUAGCAUCUGGUUAUGUGUGAUGGAAAAUAAUCUGAAUUCAUUGAUUUGGGUGGAAACACAACCACUUAAUGUGCCUUUUUUUCUGUCAUAAGAGUUUACAGAGUGAUGUUUGUUAAUGUAAUCCAACCUUUCAUUUAUUGUUCAUGUAAAUGUUAAAUAGGGAUAUUGAAUAGGGGAAAAAUCUUGCCAACCAGAUGUUCUAUGUUUUUGAUUCAUUAUUCACAAUUAAAUUAAAGUUAUGUCUUUAACCAUUUAUUAGAUAAUGAUUUACCUUACUUUGAAGAAUUUUUGUAGUAAUGUUGUUCCAUUUGAAUUAUAAAAAUCAACAAAAUAAUAUGUGUCUGGAUUAGUGGAGCACUCAAUGGAAUAUACCACAUCAUUGCAGUAUGGAGAUAUUGUUUUCAUAAUUGACCUUUCAUUUGCAGUUAAGUGCUCCUCAAACCUUUUGGGUACUUACUAAUAAAAAGUGAUCACUUAUCAACCAAGGUAAACUCAAAAUAACAUGUUUUCAUACUGGGAGGUGAAUUCAUUUUGACUUUUCUCAUUUGCCUUUGGGAGAUCUCUUAAGAUUUACAAGAAACCAGGGUGAUUAAAUAUAAGGUGAGAAUAGUAUAAUAUACAUAUAUUUGAGGCUUCUGAAUAGUGCUGGGCGAUAUUUUGAUAUUAUCGAAAUUAUGUGAUAUUGACAAAAUAUUAAAUAUUCGAUAAUGCUUUUAUGAUUAUGUUGAUAUUUCGCAGUAACAUGAUAUGCCCAAAAUAUUGUCAAUUAUGAAAAGUUAAUCACUAUUUAUCAACCACAAAUGCUGCUCUGUAAUGUUUUAAACCAACAACCUUUGUAAAUUGGUACCCAGAUGCCCACUUUUCAUGGACAAGCUCUGAUGAAACUAAGUCUUAUUUUCAUUUCCCCUUUCCUUGCUCUCAAGGAAUUGCUGGUCUUAAAUUAACAUAUAUAUAAUGAAUUUUCAGCCUUGGCGAUAUAUUGUGUUAUCAGCGAUAUAUGGUGUUUUGGGCGAUAUGCUGGAAAUAAUCAUCCAACAUUGAAAUAAAAUAUCGACCAGCACUAUUUUUGAAUGAUCUGUCUAAUACUUGUUUCAAUGAAAAUUGAAAUCUAAAAACAUGCCUGGUUUAUCAUUAUAUGAAAAUAUUCUGUAUGGGGUGAGUUUAGAAAUGUAAUCUCCAUUGAUGAUUUAGAUUGGUACAAAUUCAGAUGUGCAUGUAAGGCUUACUUGUCAUAUUCCUGCAGUCGUUUGAUAUACAUUGUGAAAGCUAAUUUGCCAAGUAUAUGAUUUUAGUAUUGUUUUUUAAUCAAUCCAGAGCAAUGAAUGUCAGAACUUCUUGAAAGGUUGAUUAACAUAUUUAAAUAGAACAAAACAGUAUUUUAUGUUUUGGUGCUAAAUUAUUUACUAAGCUUUCAAGGAAUGACAUUUUGUUGUUAUAACCAGGGGGGGGGGGGUUGAUAGUCAUCAAGUUUCUGCAAUCCUUUUUUUUCUCCAUUUAAGAAUAGGGUCCUUAUUUCAUCACACUGCCUCUGAGUAAAGUUUUAUUUUGAUUUCAUUUCAAAAUGAUAUUCCUGGUGAAAGGCAAAAUGCUGUGAUCUUUACAAAGUACAUUUAUUUCUGAUCAAAUGUUGCAAUGCUGCAUUAAUUUCAAUGAUGAGUUGUAUUUCCCUUAUGUAUAUUGAGAUUUAACUUAUUUUCUCACUAUAUACUGGAGCAAUUAUUAACAUAAUUCAUUGUAAGUAUAUUUCAUUAUUUAGGUGAUUCAAAGCUGUGAUUGAAGUGCUUCACAGUGAUUGAAAAUACUUUUGUUUUCAAAUUACAUAUAUUAUUGUCACUACUCUUGUUAUAAAGGAUCCAAUAUCACCAAGUGAAAAAUAUGCCUUGAAUUUUGUGAUGAGAUAAUUUUGUAUCAAGCUCAAAUGUUUGGAACAUUAUUUUCAAAAUUUUUACCUCUUUUUUUGUCAUUAUACUAGUAUUUUAUUGUGAAUCUUCAUAUCAUUUUCUUAUCCCAGCUUUCAUCACUCCCCUUAAACAAAACUGGCUUGAUUCAGUUCAUACUUUGAAUCAGAUAAAUACUCAAUUUAAUGUUGCUGAAAACUUUAAAUUUGACUGUGCCUUAGAAAUUGUAAAACUUCAACUGUUUGUUUGCCAUUGUAUGAUUUGAUUGUAUGUAAAAUGUUAUUUUUUAUUUUGAUUUACAUGCUACUGAAGUUCAGGGUUUUAGGUUGAAAUGUUCACUUUUGACUUUACUUUCCUUUUUCUCUCUUAUUUCUUUUUUUUUAAUAGGAGGCUGUUUCCUUGUUUAAUGUUUCUUUGGAAAAUGCUUUGAAAGUAACGCUUGAAAAAUUCAGUGUAAAACUUGAUUGUAGUUCUAUUUCAUUUGUGAUCAGCAGCACAAAAGAACAGUUGAUGUUCCAAAUGUUGGAGAAAAGCCUUGCUUUUGUAUACUACUUGUAGUCUAUAGUUUUGUAUGCCCUUUGUGAUGGAAAUAUUCAAAUGUUAUGUAUCUUCAGGCUUGAGGAUCAUUCAAAUGGAUAUGCUUUUGUACCAAUGUAUGCUCUAUGCAACUCUUUUUCCUAUUUGUACUUCAUGAAUUUGAAAAUUAGAAAUGUUGCGAACUUGCAUUGAAUUUGAACUUGUUGGAAAUAAAUUUUCUCCAACACUGCAAUAUUAUUGAUACUAUUAUUGAAAAAUUUGAAAAUAAGAAUUUAAUAUUUGAUAAAUGUUGACAAGAAUUGAUUCAGCAUUGUGUGUCAAAGUGAUGUACAUUGGUAUGUAUUGUUCCAAUGUUCUUGCAAACCCUAUGUGCUCUCCACAUUAUUGCCAUUUCUUGUUUUCUAUCAAUCUUUGAAAUAUAUUGACCGCAAAUGUGAUGUGUGUAUGACAAUUGCUAUAUCUCAUUUUAAGAUGGUACUAUAAACCUUUGUAUGACUGAAACUUUAUAUAAGUUAUAGAAACAACUAUUCAGAAACAAAAUGUGCAUGGUUGUGCAAUAAAGGAAACCAGUAACAAAACAAGUUAACAAACAACAAGUAUUUUGUAAGAUGCAAUUAUCAAGGUAACAAAGUGAACAAGAAGAAAAAGAAUAAAAAGAU